AUGAAAAGUGUGCAGUGUUACAAUUGUAACAAGUACGGGCACUUCGCGAGGAAAUGUCCAAAAAAUAGAGAAGGUAAAAAUCUUGCAGGAUUUUUAGUGCAACAAUACACGGGAGGACUUAUCCAUGUCCCAGGAGAGGUCAGUGGCCGUGAUAUUAGUUUCGUGAAAGACACUGGGUCAGCGAUGACCUUGAUUAGGGAAGACCUGGUGGACCCAAGUUGUGUAUUGGAGGGUCAGCAAGAUACGAUGUGUACAGCGACUGGACAGCCGUUUUCAGCCAAACUGGCUAUCGUUGAUAUGGACACGCCAUAUUAUAAGGGACACACUCAAGUCGGAUUAGUGCCUGACCUUGUCGCUGAAGCCCUGUUGGGGGUAGACAUAAUAGAGAGACAAUCAAAGGCUGUGAAUGUUGUUACGCGUGCACAACUUCGUAAUUACAUUGCUGAAGAUAGUCUAGCUGAGGACAAGGCAAAGGAAUGCCAUGUAAAAGUUGGAAUGGACCCUGACACGGACCAAGUGGAUGCCAGUAAGGGAAGUGAUGUUGGACAGGCGAACGAUGUGGACCUGGACCGUGGCGAUGACGUUGGUGAGGACACUGACAACAUCAGUGAGACUGUAUCUCACAGCAAUGGGGGUGAUACAGUUAACAUCACAACAGAGGAACCACUUGAACUUUCUGCUGUAAAUGCUGAAGUGCUUAGUAAGCUUCAGCAGGAAGAUCCAACUUUAGCCAACAUUCGGAGAAAAGCUGCAAGUUCAGAGGAAUCUGUGCAGGAAGAUAGGAAUGCCCUGUACUGGGAAAAUGGUAUUCUCCGUAGGAAAUGGGAGUCUAGUGAUGGAACCCAACAUGGAGUCCAGGUAGUACUACCAGAGGCACUACGUCUCAAUAUCAUUAAAUUGGGACAUGAUAGACCACUUGCGGGACAUUUAGGGAUAGAAAAGACCAAAGAGCGUGUCGUUAAUUCUUUCUAUUGGCCAGGGAUUUUUAAGGACAUACAGGAAUACUGUAGUACUUGUAACGUAUGUCAAAAGACUGCCAGAAGACGUGGUGACGAGAAAGCUCCAUUAGGACAACCACUGAUCAUCAGUGAGCCAUUUUACAAAAUAUCUAUGGAUGUUGUUGGGCCACUGUCUCGAACAAAGGUGGGGAACAGGUUUAUUCUUACCAUUAUGGAUGACGCAACAAGGUACCCAGAGGCUUUUGCAUUAAAGAAUGUGGACGCAGAAACCAUAGCUAACACAUUGGUGGAACUGUUCAGUAGGGUAGGAGUGCCUCGUGUUAUUCUGACAGACCAGGGCACAAACUUCACCUCAAAAAUGAUACAAGAACUCUACCGUGUGAUGGGAAUCAAGGGCAUAACAACAUCGCCAUAUCACCCACAGGCUAAUGAGAAGGUAGAAAAAUUUAAUGUAACUCUCAAAGCUGUGUUAAAGAAACUCUGCACGUCAAAUCAGGAAGCCUGGGACGAGCUGUUGCCAUAUGCAUUGUUUGCAUAUAGGGAAGUACCCCAUGAGGAAAUGGGAUUCUCACCAUUUGAGAUGCUCUAUGGAUGGCCGAUCAGAGGGCCAUUACAGAUUUUAGAGCAAGCCAUGACAGGCGAAGGGGAGCUUAGAAAAUCUGUCAUUGACCAUGUUGUUUAG